AUGCGUGUUGAGUUGACUCUAAGGCUCACCAACUAUCUGUUGAUGACCAUGGACGGUGUGGAGGCCGCCGUCUUCAAUGAGGGGCCGGGGGAGACGAGAUUUGAGGCAGGUGAGAUGCGGGCCCCCUCCGGACGCCUCUCUCCCUGUCCAUCUCACGUGGUGCUCACAACCUCUUUACGGCACGUUGGACGCCGGGCCCGUGUGGGCAUGGGCGGAGUACCACCGCGUGCACGCCUCCCUCAGCCACUCUUCUACUCCCCUCCCCUUUCCCUCGAUUUUCCGCCCCCCACCCCCAUCUCCCCCACUCCCAAUUUCUCAUGUUCUCCCGUCUGUCCCCCCCAACCGCAGCCUUUGGAACCCCCACCAGGCGCCUCUCUCCCCGUGCACCUCACGUGGUGCUCCCAGCCGCUCUACGGCACGUUGGACGCCGGGCCCGUGUGGGCAUGGCCGGAGUACCACCGCGUGCACGCCAACGUCUCCCGCUUCCUCUUCUACGACAUGGCUGCCUGGUCGCCCGCCCUCUCGGCACUCUUCGCGCCCUACUUUGCUGCCGGCAUAGCGGCCGUUACAGACAUGUCGGGAGGGCAGCGGUUCGGGUUUCAUGCGGGGGAGGGGGCGCUGAGCUUCAUCACCAAGCACCAGACCCUUGCAGGCAACGACUGCAUAUUCCGGUCGCUCCUCACCUCUCGCUGGGUCACUCUACACGACACCGACGAGUUCCUCUCCCCCGUGCCUCCCCACUCCCUGCACUCGCUGCUAGCCACCCACGCCCACGCCCCCUGGCUCUCCCACGGCGCCCUCGUUGUCGAACCCUCCAUGUGCCAAGAGGAAAGGGAGGGGGCACUGGCGCCUGCUGGGGCUGCUGCGGUGGCGCCUGCUGACGCUGCUGCUGUGGCGGCUGGUGGUGGUACCAGGGAGGCUGGAGCAGCAGUGAACGCCAGCAACAGCCACGAAGAGACAGCACCGGGGACAGCAGGAAACGGCAUGCAGGGUGGUGAGGCGCAGUGGGACGAAGCUGCAGUGGCGGAGGCGAAGAGGCGCGCCAUUGAGGUGCUGUCCAGACUGGUGUUCCGCCGGCCGGAGGUGUGGUGCGUGCGGGACAGAGCGGAGGGGCAGCAGAUUGACUCGAACCUCUGUGAUGACUGGCGGGGCCAUCGGAAACUGAUUCUCAACCCCCGCAAGGUGACACGCCCUGCCCUCUCAGGAUUCCUGCUCCCUCCUAGGAGACUCAUUUUCUCGCUCCCAGAUGCAUCUUUAUGGUUCACAUUUUCCCCUCAGUGGAGCAGAACAGCAGAUGGAUGGGGACCGGAGCCGCAGAAGGGCGGUGUUGUGCCAAACACAUCCUCACCAAUCAGUCAUCCCCUUGCUUCUCACCCCCAUUCCCCCUCUCAGACCGAGACGGAGGUGAUGUCCAUCCACAAGGCACGCGAGCCCGAGAAGGGCAGCGUGACAGAGGUGAUGUCUAUCCACAAGGCACGGGAGCCCGAGAAGGGCGGUGUGGUGCUGAACGCAGGCACGGAGCUGCGGCACUUCCAUUUGCCUGGCGUGGUCAACCCAGUCAACGUGCACUGCCAAACCCUUGUGCCGCCUGGGGAGGACCACGUGUGGUUCGUGCGGGACACCACCAUUGCUGACCAGCUACGGCUACUAGCUAACGCCUCUGCUCUGCAGCCUCUACCCUGA